AGCAGAGUAAAAGAGCAAGUGUCACCGACACAGAGCAGAGGGAGUCGACAAAAAAUACCACGAGUCAGGCUAAUGGAGGCGUGUGUACGUCUGAACCACAGUUGACGAUAGACCUGCGAUGCAUGUGAGACAUGGCCAACAAGGCCCCCUGGGAUAACUCGAUGCCCAGCAUGGAGCCAACAGCUGGCUGCUCACCCACAGUUCCAGAGCCAGAGUUGUACCGCAGUAUCCAGGCUCUGCUGCCCAGGGAGACAGACAACCAGCAGCCCAUGGACUGUUACAACAAAGGAAUGCUGAGAUGGACGCUUCAUAAGAAGGUUAAAAACAAUCCUGCCAACAGCUUAUCUCUGGUGUGGGUGCUAAUAAAGGACCUGGAGAAGGCCGAGAGAUGGGAUUCUCGCAAACGCAUCAUCCCUCUGCUCCACACUCUCAUGUAUGCUAUCAUUCAGACAGCCUACAUUCCAGAUGAGCUGUACAAGCGGAUCUACGACUUUUGCAAGCGACUCCUGACCUACCCUCAACCCUACUGCACAGUAGGACUCAGCUACACAAGGCAAAUUAAAACGGAACGUUCCAUUCCAGGUCUGAUGUACCAGAGGAUGUUCACAGCAGAGCAGGGACUUAAAAAUGAGCACUAUCACUUUCAGGAGCGAGUUUUUGUUUUGGCUGACCCAGAAGUUUUUGCUGGUUCCCUUGAACAAGUGCUGUUGGGCGAUAUUGCAGCUUCAGCAUCAGGUGGCUUUCUCAGUCCCGUAGAUCGUAUGAGCAAUGUGGUCCAACACUUUAUCCAGGCUGCUUUGGGUCCAGAGCAAUGCAGUGGGCCGAAACUGGCUCAGGCUCUGAAGGACAUGGGUCAAGACGUCGAAAAGUACUUCCAGGAAGUGUUGGCGACUCGAGAGCAGAGUGUGGAGGAGGGAGGCAGAGCAGAAGGCGGCGCGCUGAGAAGCUGUCUUCAGCGGCUGUACAAUGAGAUUGUCACUGAUACAGACUCGGAGCCAUUGUCCAGUGGAGCGCUGAAUGACUGCCCUCUUCCUAACCCAGAGAUCAGCUUCCACCUGUGGAAAGAGGAUCUGGAUAUCUGGCGAGAGUUGGCCAAGUGGCUUCGAUCCAGCUCCAUGUCGGACCAGUUCUCCCUCAGCCAGGAACAGGAGGACUUUGAUCUGGGAGAGUCGCCCAGUGACCCAGUGCCAUCUGACAAGACUCGUUUCUCCGUCAUGUCCAAUGACAGUGGCAUUGAAAGAGACCUCCCUCCCAGUGCUGAUCCCUCCCUGUCAUCAUCUUUGGACACUGCCAGCUUAAGCACGUCAUGGGAACAAUGCAGAAGUGAUCCAGACCCAGGAAGGCUGUCACGGCGUAAAGGAAUCAAGAUGAAACCAACUUGGAAGGAAAAUGUGGUGCUGAUGCAGAAUACCCUGGAGGAUCAAGCAAGUCUUGGAGGAGGAAGUGGAGGGAGAGGAAGAAAGGGGGAACCUCGACAGAGGCGGGCAGGAAGCACAGUAAUACACAACCCCUUAACCAAGCACCAGAGGUACUUUACUGCCAGAAUAGUCACCAUGGGGGAUGACAGGGUCCUGGGCCGCCUGGCUAAGGCCUUCUACUCCUUCAGGAAAAGGGAAGCGCGGCGGCUUUUUCUGACGAUGAAAGUCAACCUUCAGUUUUACUACAUCCCCGUGUGCAAAGCUCCAACUCAUGUCUCCUCCAUAAAAGUAAGCCAUGCUGUCAGUCAGUCCAAGGGGAAUCCUGCAAUCUGCACUCUUGGUUCGUACUUGAGCAUGGUGGACCCAUGGUACAACUGUAACAUCAAGAGUUUAGGCUCCAUGAUCCCCAAACUGGCCAAUAUGCAACCGACAAACCCAGGCAGACCAAACGAGCCCAUCAUCUCUGAUGUCAUUUCCUACUACAUCCGCAUGGGCCAGCAGCCCAUCUACUUCACAAUCUAUUUUGUGAAGAUCACAUUCAACAGUCUGAUGAAGGAUCCGGUGGAAGAUGUCUUCCUCACUCAUCUGCAGAUGGAGUCUCCGGAAUUCAGACAGGUCUCAGCAUCCAUUCGAGAUAAAGCCAGGAGGAGUGCAGGGGAAGUAUCUGGAGCUAUGGUCUCAGUGAAGUACAAAAAGGUCAUUUUAAGCGGCAGAGACGUUGACAAAGGAGUCUCAGUAAGAAUAGCAGGUGCUCAGAUCAGUGCCAUUCCCUCCAGCGAAGCAGAUGAUCUGAACUGUUUAACACUGACGUUCACUGAAUCUCAACAUCGCAACAUUGUGGAGUCAAAGAUUCGGACGAGCAGCAUCAAGAUUCGCUCUUUGGAGGGUCGACCUUUCACCGUCACACUGGACAGAGACUCGCACAGGACCUUUACCGACGUGCACAGCAUUGAGAUCGCCCCGUGUCUCGAUCCCGGAUACUGCAUCCAGAAGACCAUUCAAUCUAGAUUCAGUCUGGGAGACGACAAAAACACCGGACUGAGCAAAUACAUGACCAAAGGACUUUCCCUGCCAAUCAACACAUUUGCUGGAAUCAUCAACUGAUGUUGCACAAAGACUCGAGACUAUCCACACUGUGCUUUGAUCACAUGAAUGGUGAUGACAGAAUUCUAGGCUGACAACAUGAAUCACCUGUGAGUCAUACUGAGCUGCUCCCAAAACAGCAUUAGUUCUGUGAGUCAGGACUGACAGCCACGUGUGAACAAAGACUGCAUCUCGAGCACCUUAAGGCUGGGUACAAACACACUACUGUACUGGU